UACUAGCUGCUUAUUAAAGCCAAUAUAUAACGACCUUGAGAAUUUUCUGACUGUCUUGCUACCACUGCUUCCAUUCCUCAAGCUAGCUCCGAGCAUGGCUUCGGCUAUACUUUCUGUGGCCAAACCAUCUCCUCAGGCAAAUGGAAAGGGCUUUGCAGAAUUCGCAGGUCUCCGCAACUCAUCUGCGGCUUCUCUUUGUUUCGGGAGGAGAACCUCAGACGACUUAUUUUCGGUCAUUGCGUUUCAAACAUCUGCUGUGGGAACUAACGGGGGAUACAAAAGAGGGAUAACCGAAGCGAAGCUGAAGGUGGCCAUAAAUGGGUUUGGAAGAAUUGGAAGGAACUUCUUGAGGUGCUGGCAUGGGCGCAAAGACUCGCCCCUUGAUGUGAUUGCCAUCAACGACACCGGAGGCGUGAAACAGGCGUCUCACCUCCUCAAGUACGACUCUACCCUUGGGAUCUUCGACGCUGAGGUCAAGCCAGUUGGCGAUGAUGGCAUCUCUGUUGACGGCAAGGUCAUCAAGGUUGUGUCAAGCCGCAAUCCCCUCAACCUACCAUGGAAGGACAUGGGGAUCGACCUGGUGAUUGAAGGUACUGGUGUGUUUGUUGAUAGGGAGGGUGCCGGGAAGCACAUAGAGGCAGGGGCCAAGAAGGUGCUCAUCACUGCCCCUGGAAAGGGUGACAUCCCUACCUAUGUGGUCGGGGUUAAUGCUGAACUCUACAGUCAUGAUGAUACCAUCAUUAGCAAUGCUUCUUGCACUACCAACUGCCUUGCCCCCUUCGUCAAGGUUCUUGACCAGAAGUUUGGCAUCAUCAAGGGCACCAUGACUACCACACACUCAUACACUGGUGACCAGAGGCUACUUGAUGCCAGCCACCGUGACCUCAGGCGUGCACGAGCUGCUGCUCUCAACAUAGUUCCCACUUCCACUGGUGCAGCAAAGGCCGUUGCUCUAGUCCUUCCAUCUCUCAAAGGAAAGCUAAAUGGCAUUGCCCUACGUGUGCCCACCCCCAAUGUCUCCGUUGUCGACCUUGUUGUCCAAGUCACUAAGAAGACCUUUGCAGAGGAGGUCAAUGCUGCGUUCAGAGAGAGUGCUGAUAAGGAGCUGGCAGGUAUCCUUUCUGUUUGUGAUGAGCCCCUUGUUUCUGUCGACUUCAGGUGCACAGAUGUAUCGUCAACAGUUGACUCCUCAUUGACCAUGGUCAUGGGAGAUGACAUGGUCAAGGUCAUUGCUUGGUACGAUAACGAAUGGGGUUACUCACAAAGAGUUGUUGACUUGGCUGAUAUUGUCGCCAACAACUGGAAGUGAUCAAGUGCAUUCUCUUCUUUCUAUCUCUGUCGAUGUGAUCCAUCCAUACCUGUUUUUAAGUUUCCCCCUAACUAUACGUUUCUUGCUGCCCUGCGCGCCUUCAUAGUUUAUUCAUCUCUUCUUUUUGUUUCUUUUCAAAUUCGUAAUGAGAAAUAAUGUUGCAACAAUUUUGUCUUGCCUGUCAUCGAUUAUGCAAGAACAGAGCCUUAAAUCUUGAUAUGCAAGCACAGCAAUGUGCUAAUUCAACAUUAUUUGGAUUUUGAUAUUUUGUCUC